AUGAUGAGGGAGAUGGGGUACGACCCCAACGACCAGAGCAUGGACCUAACGACCGCCGUCGGCAUUGGAAACAGGGCCGGGCGCGACACCGCCCGCCUCAUGCGCAUGGACGGCUGGAACGGCGAGGGUGAUAUCAGCGGCACGCCGAAGGGAUACAGGCAGCCGUUCCUCGACUACACCAAUUACAUCCCCAAGAAUACGCCGUGGAGGCUGCGCUACCCCUUCCGCUGGCAGCCACUCCUCGAGAACAACGGGCGCGGGUUCUUCUUCCGGCAGGAAUCUGUGACGCCAUACGCCGGGUCCGCCAUCGCGUUCAGCCUUACGCCCGAGGAGGUGAAGAGGCGCAAGGUGCCGUCCCCGUACAAAAAGGGAUCUGUUCAAGCCAAGAACGCUCUACCCGAGGACAUCAAGACGCUGAAGAGGAACGCCAAGGAGGUGCUGGAGGUAUCUCGCAAGCUGACCGAGAUGCAGAUGAUCUACGCGGAGCUGUUCGAUAACAAGGCGAAGGCGUUCCGGACGAAGGAGAACCCGUUCGGACUCGGCGGGAUCGCGACGGCGAUCCGGUUCAGCGUGCUGGCGCCGGCGCUGGACUGGAACCUGGACGAGGAGAUGAUCUACGGACUGGGGGCGAACAUCGCGACGUUCGACUCGAUGGUGACAGCGUGGAAGGAGAAGCGGCGCGUGGACGGGGUGCGGCCGACGGGGCAGACGAUGGAGUACCUGUUCGGGGAGAAGCAGUUCUCCGUGUGGGGCGGGCCGGGGCGGCGGCCGGUGAAGAUCAGGGCUGGUGACUGGAGCCCGUUCAUCCGAACGAUGCCGCACGCGGAGUUCCCGUCGGGCAGCUCGUGCGCGUGCACGGCGGUGGUGGAGCACGCGCUGAUCAACACGAAGAACAGGGACGACUUUCCGUUCCGGUUCACGGUGCCGAAGGGGUCGAGCAAGUUCUACCCGGGGCAGCUGCCGAGCAGGGACACGGACGUGGAGAUCAAGACGCUGAGCGAGUGGGCGCAGCUGUGCGGGGAGUCGAGGCUGUACGCGGGGGUGCACUUCAAGCCCUCGAUUCAGGCGGGUAGCGACCUGUGCAAGGGCAUCGCGCAGUCCGCGCAGGAGCUCACCGAUAAGCUCGUCGCAGGGUCACUCGACGCCAAGUGGAUGAAGUGGCUGCCGGAGGGGGCCGACAGGUUUUGGGAGACGGAGUAA